AUGGUAACCCCACCAAACCCUAUCGCGUCCCCGAACGCGAACGGCCCAAGUGUUGCUCCCCCAAGCCUACCUAUCGGCUGGAUCGCUCAAUGGGAUCCGACAACGCAGCGUUAUUACUACGUUCAAACAGCGAACGGAAAAACAACCUGGGAGGUUCCAACUCAGGAAGCUUCCAACACCCCCGGUCCUCCCACUCCAUCUCCGUAUCCAGCGCCCACAGACAACUAUAACCAGCAGAGCCAGCCCUCGCACUCAGGCUAUGUAGAUCAGCAACAGCAGCAACAGCAGUCAGCUUAUAGCCAACCACAGUAUAGUCCUCAGCCAGACGGCCAGACUGCUACUCGCGCUGGUGGAUUCGGCGGUAUCGCCGGUAGUAUCGCUCAGGGAAUGCUAGGAGGUGGUAAACACUCGAACAGCGGGCACUCAAGUAGCUCUGGCCUCGUCGGUACCCUUGCUCAAGGGAUGCUAGGAGGUGGUAAGCAUUCCAGCAGCGGCCAUUCAUCAGGUGGUGGUGGUGGAUUGGGAGGAUUGGCAUCUGGGUUGUUGGGUGGCGGAAAGCAAAGCAGCAGUGGCCAUGGUGGCCAUGGCAGCAGCGGGAGCAGCAGCAGCUUGUUUGGGCAAGCUGCUGGAAUUGCUGGUGGAUUGUUGGGUGGGGGGAAAAACAAGCAUAACACCCAAGGUUCGCAGGGUGGCUAUGGACAGAGUGGACAAGGUGGACAUGGCGCGCACAGUGGGCAUGGUUCCAGUGGUGGGCAUGGUUCCAGUGGCGGGCAUGGUUCCAGUGGCGGGCAUGGUUCCAGUGGCGGGCAUGGUUCCAGUGGUGGAAUGCCGGGAGGACUUGGUAGCCUUGGUGGGCUUAUUGGUGGCGUGCUAGGGGGUGGAAGCCAUGGUCAACCGAAACCGGGUCAGCAACAGAGCUAUGGUUAUGGCACCCACCAGCAACCCCAGCAACCCCAGCAAUACGGCUCACACGGCUCUCCAUCUCCAAACCCUCCCUAUAACGCCAACCCUCCCUAUGGGCAUCCUCAGCAGUCCUACCCCUCACCCGGCGCUCAAGGGCAGCAGUUUUCUGGUCCCGUUGGACAACAGCACCAAUACGGCGGCCCGGCUCCCCAGGGCGGUUACCAAGGUCCUCAGGGCCCUCAGGGUCCACAGGGUCCACAUGGUCCUCAAAGCCCUCAAGGUCCCCAGGGCCAGUACGGUGCUCCACCGAUUCAGGGCCAAUACGGUGCUCCCCCUCAACAAGGUCAAUAUGGAGCCCCUCCUCAGCAGGGUCAAUAUGGUGCGCCUCCGCAGCAGGGACAGUAUGGCGCUCCACCUCAAGGCCAAUACCAGGGCUAUAACUCUCCCCCACCAUCCGCCUACUCCCCAGCCGGGGGUGCACCAGGCUAUCAUGCGCCCCCCACUAGUGGUCCAGGCGGGUACCAACCUUCGCCCUCAACCAGCGGUGGUCCCGGCGGCCCAGGUGGCUAUCAGCCCCAUCCUACAGCCGGCGGCCCCGGUGGCUACCAAUCCCAGCCACCAGUUGGUGGUCCUGGUGGUCCCGGCGGUCCUGGCGGUCAUGGUGGUCCUGGUGGCUACCAAUCUCCUCCACCUUCAGCGGGAGGAGCUCAUGGGCCCUCCGGUGGAACUUAUCAGGCCACUUCUCCUCCGCCGAUGCAGUACCAGGCGGGUGGGCCACCGGCGUAUGGAAAACCAAGUCAUUAG